GAGGACAGCAAGCGAUCUUUAACUCCAUGUUAUCGAAUAUGUCAGGCUCAGACGUCUUGGCUGCGAGUCUUUCCGACCCCAGUCAUCAGAGGAAGACGGUUACCUCGUACCCGUACUCUUCAUCUGUAGGCUCCUCGGCCUCUUCAUCCUCGUCCUCGGUUUUCUCACUCGAUUGCGUGUCGACCCAGAGCUCAAUUUCGUCAUCUUCAACAACUGCUGUCGAUGUCAUUUGGGAAAAUGAUGAGUCAGGAGAAUCAUCAGGCCGAGGUUUGCCCCAUUCUGAAAAUGCAUCUCAUUGUUUGCGAAAUAGUUUGAGAGGCCUUCCAUCUAAAGUCACGGAAUGCCCAGUGCCUCCAGAGCUUCGGAAGAACCCCAGACGUACCGCUUGCCCCACAGCAACUGCAAACGGUGCAUCCGCUUCGUGCCCUCGACUACCCCCCUCGCUAGUACGGCAGUGUGAUCGCAAGGUUAAUUUUGUCGACAGUUUAGUCGUUGCUGUUCGGAGUGAAUCUCCACUCGGCUGUAAGGGUGUCUUACCCCUUCGCACUUUCAUUCAAGAAACUCUGCGAAGGUCACGUACUAGCUUUAGUACUUUACAGGUUGCUCUUUACUACCUCAUCAAGAUCCGACCACAUGUUCCAAACCAUGACUUCACAAUGGAACAACCUCGCGAUAGCCCAUGCGCUCGUGCGAUGCAAUGCGGUCGACGUAUGUUCCUCGCCGCGUUGAUUCUUGCAUCGAAAUAUCUGCAGGAUCGGAAUUACUCUGCCCGUGCUUGGAGCAAGAUCUCGGGUCUGCAUACUCAGGAAAUCAACCAAAAUGAAAUGAUGUUCUUGCAAGCUGUGGAUUGGAAACUCCACGUCCCAGAGUCCAUCUAUCACCGCUGGACAGACAUUGUCCUCAAGUACACACCCGGCCCAGCUUCCUCGCCUAAUCCUGACGACUGCUGGAAGACAUUAAUUCCGAGAUUGACGCCCGAUCUGGUCACGGUCGACGUGGAGCCCUCCAGCCCUCCGGAAAUGUUUGGGUUGGAUUUCUCUGAUGCUCCGUCGCCUCGACGUUCCCCAUUUCGCGUCAACAACAUCGUUUCGAUGUGUUCGCCGAGUGAGCAACAGUCCCCAACCUGUCCCAGAUCCAUUCCUGUCUUGGAACCCUCCACUCGUGUUGAGUCUUCAAACCCCACCCUUCCUGCCUUGCACAAGCUUGGGCUUCUCCCCACGCCGCAAUUGACGCCACAAUCUUGCGCUGCGUCCACUCCUGCAGUGAGUGUUCGUGGUACAUGUUCGAGGCGUCCUUCGUUUGCAUCUGCCAUGUCCCAAGCUCAAAACAUGUGCAUGUCACGUCUGGCUCUGGAAUCCCGCCCUUUCCCUACAAGCAAACCCGUUAACUUUGAAGUAAUGCCUCCUCUGACGCGUCGUUCUUCUCUUGCGCGUUCCACUUCUUCUGCCUCAUCACCAGACUCGAUGGUCUCGGAUGUCUCGACAAUUUCUUCUCGUUCUUCUCGAUCUUCUUCCAUCUCAUCGUGCGCCUCUGCGACUUGCGCGCCUAGUCAGCCUCGGCUGGCUGUCACGGCGACUCGUCGUUGCGCCGCGAUGACUUUGAAAGAAUGUCGAAAGAACUUGGCCAUACACUCUCCUAUUGACGAGUCCUCUUUGAUUGGUGUCUACAGCUCGCCUGAAAGCGGCCUAUGUGGAACGGUGCCUGACUUGUCAAACUUUUCUCUAAACACACCAGUCGACAUGACCGCUCAUGAAGCUGCACAGGGACUAUGUGAAUUGUCUGGUGCUAUGCUGCGAUCCCAGUCUCCUGUCAGUAAAGUCAACGAGAGCCGACCUUGCCGGAAGCGAGGACGAACUUCAUCCGAUGACCAGAUCCUGCAAAGCAAUGUACGCGAACUGAUAUCGCCAAUCUAUGGGAACGAGGUUCUUACAGACGAAAAACUCGCGAAAUCAUUUCUGCUCCCCAAGGAUCCGUCAGAUCAUUGUUUGAGCUCCAUUCAACUGCCUAUUCCUAUCCCUGCCCCCAAGGGUGGCAUCAAGCGGGCGUGCUGCAGCGCCGAAGUUCGCAGACACAACAUUCUACCAACCACUCCGACGCCUAUGCGAUGAAUGCAUGACAUAGACAUUCACGUAUGCGAAAGGAUGAGCCUUGAUAUGUUGUGCUUGUAUAUCUCAUAACAGCGUUUGUAUAUAUAUGAUCCAGCGGUUUGAGAUGGUACGGGCAUUUAUUUGGCGCAUUCCUUACACAAUCAUGAAUAUGAUGCACUUGGCCAGUUGCUAGCAUCUGGGCCUUGGCCCCUCUGUAUGAAGUACGCAUUUCGUUUGCAAAUACUUUGAAUCUUUUUGUUGUUGUUUUUUUUAUCUUAUUUACCUACCAUGGAGUGCGGCGACCUGGUCUGGGUUUGUUUUGUCCUGUUUCGUUCCAUUCCUUGGUGUAACCUCACCAUGAUACUGGCUAUCUUUUCAUAAUUCUCUUGCUCAUCAAAGGUGUGUGCGUGUGGGAAAUAUAAGGUUCGGAAGGGCGAACAGGCAUUUCUCGGAGUCAAACCUCGUUAAUCCAUUUUCUGGGCUUUUUACCUUAAUUACUACAUUGAGGUUGGAGUUUCGAUCGUGGGUAUCUAUCAUCAUAAUCAUCAAUCACUGCGAUUCUUACUUUCUUUUGUCUUUCUUGGAGCUGUGUGUCCCGCACUCUUGGACAAAAAGUGGUCUGGUUAUUGGAGUCAGCUCGUGCAUGCAUUCUGAAUUGGAAGGAAUGGAUGUAAAAUAUUCGAAUGUAGAUAUAAACAGUAAUCCGCUAACUCGAAUUGCUGAAUACAUAUACUG